AUGUAUUCGUUGCCGGUCCCAGGGACCGAGGAGGAAGGUUUCUCCGCAGUGUACAGAUGCCCGCUGAGCGUCGACAAAGUCCUGUCGUACAAAGACUACUUCGAUGGAAAUAUUGCUACAGGAUGGGACAUCUUCCAGCACGGUCUGAAGCAAGACCCGGAUGCGCCAUGCCUCGGCACAAGAGUCAGGAAGGAUGACGGCGCGCUCGGAGAGUACGCUUUCAAGAGCUACCGCGAGGUGGAGGCGCUGGUUCAGCGUUUCGGCAGUGGACUCCAGACGAUUGCCGGAAUAGAAAAGGUGGAGGUGAACGCCCCUGAACCCGUGGAAGCCAUGAUGAUCGGAAUAUACGCCCCAAACAGCGUCGAGUGGCUAAUAUGCGAGCAGACAGCAAACGCCUUCGGGUACACCAUCGUGCCCAUUUACGACACCAUCGGCGAGGAGUCGAUCCUCCACAUCCUGCAGAACUCGGACAUCAACGUGGUCGUGUGCGACUACGGGUGCGCGCAGAAACUCAUGCGGGCGAUGCCGAAGGCGCAUGCGCACACCAUCAAGGCUGUGAUUGUGAUUGGCACGGAAAAAGUGGCCCCGGAGGGCAACGAUGUGGAGGUGCUUCUUUUCGACGAAGUUUUGGCCAGGGGGGAUGCCAACCUGAUCCCAUUCAGCCCUGCGAAGCCGGAGCAGGUGAACACCAUCUCCUACACCUCCGGCACCUCGGGUAUCCCUAAGGGCGUCAUCCUGACCCAGGGGCAGAUUGCGUCGCUCAUCACCGUGGUGAACCAGACGAUAAGCUUGACCGGCAAGGUGUCGCCCGAGGCCGUCAAAUGCUACCUCAGCUACCUUCCUCUUGCCCACAUGUACGAGCGCCUGUACAUUAACUCGUGCCUCAUCGUGGGAGGCAAGAUCGGACUCUACAGCGGUGACGUGCGCAACAUCCUGGAGGACCUGGAGACGCUCAAGCCCACAGUGUUCGUCAGCGUACCGAGGCUGUAUUUUAGGAUCCACGACAAGGUCUUUUCAAACGUCUCGAGGAAGCACUGGAUCAUCCAGGCCAUCUUCAACAUGGCGCUCAAGGCCAAGUUGAGGCGGAUUAGGACCACAGGAAACUGCAAGCACGCCUUCUGGGACAGAUUCGUUUUCAAGAAGUUCCCCGCGUUGUUUGGCGGGAAUGUCGAGUGGAUGAUGACGGGGUCAGCGCCGCUGUCCCCCCUGACGUACGACAGGAUGAGAGCGAUCUUCGGAACACAGCUGCUCGCCGGCUACGGCCUCACCGAAACCGCCGCAGGAGCUGUCGUCAAUAUGGCUGGAGAGACGGACACGACACACGUUGGAGGAAUCAUCCCCUCGCUGGAGUUCAGGCUCAAGUCGCUGCCCGACUUGGAAUACUCCGUCAAGGACCCUAACCCAAGAGGCGAGCUCAUGUUGAGGGGUAGUCACGUGACAUGCGGUUAUUUCAGGAACCCUGAUGCUACCGCUGAAGCCAUCCAGGACGGGUGGCUGCUCACUGGCGACAUUGCCGAGCUGCUGCCGAACGGCGCGAUCAAAAUCAUCGACCGCAGGAAACACAUUUUCAAGCUGGUGCAGGGCGAGUACAUCAUGCCCGAAAAAUUGGAGGCGGUGCUCAUCGGCUGCACUCUGCUCAGUCAGGCGUUCGUCACCGGAAAGUCGACCGAGAUUUACCCCGUCGCCAUUGUCGUGCCAGACGAAGUCGAGGUGCAAUUCUGGGCCAAGGACAACGGCCACUCCGAGCUAUCGCUGCAGGAAAUUUGCAAGCUGCCGGAGUUCAAGGAGGCCAUAAUGAAGCAAAUGAACAAGGCGUACGACGAAUCCGGCGUCAAGGGAUUCGAGCGGUGCAAGCACAUUUACGUCGAGCCGGAGCCCUUCUCCAUCGGCAACGACAUGCUCACCACGACCAACAAGCUCCGCCGCCACAACGCGAAAAAGAAGUACAGCGCCAUCAUCGACGAGCUGUGCGCCGCUGGAGUAUAG